AUGCGAUGCAGGUAUAGACGGAGAGGACGUAAGGUGUUGACCAGCUAUAGAAAAGUUCCUAUUCGGUCAAAGGGAGCACAACGGAGCUGGCUCCAAAUUGUGGCUUUGAGGAGCUGCUUGCCGUUUGGAGGGCGUAUCCCCACAGGAGAGGCUCUUAAAAACAAGGGAGUUAAUAUUGGCUCUUCUUGUUGUCCUAUGUGCAAAGUUGAAAGUGAGACUGAUGAUCACAUCUUAGUAUCUUGCCCGUUUGCUAAAGAGGUGCUGAUAUGGAUCUUUAAAUGCUGUAACAUUCCCCUUCCUUCAGCCUCUAAGGUAGAAGAGCUUAUCAACUUCGCCUGCUUUGUAGGGCAAUUGUCCGAAGAAAAAGAAAUUAUAUCUCACCAUUACGGGUUCCUAUGGCUUAUAUGGAAGAAAAGCCCUAUAAAGCCUUGCACCGACCGACAUAUUCAUGUAAGCGACGGGAUCUUAAUCAAUACAACCUUCUUCAUCGCAGUCGAAUUCACUGUUCCUCUUUUCCGAAUUACAGAAGAAUGUCACAUAAUUUAUGUGAAGAGUUAG